UAUUUUUUUUUCUUCAAAAUGUUUAAAAUAACGGCAAUAGUAUCUCUGAUGCUUAUUGCCGCAUGGUCUCAGGCCGAUUCACGGAGACACAAAAAAGAGGCUACAGCAUCCUCGGACUAUGACCAAGGCAGCACCCUGUGGGCUGCCAGUCUGUCCUGUGACUCCUGCGGGAGUGAGUGCACCUCAGCGUGCGGCACCAGGCACUUCAGGUCCUGCUGCUUCAAUUACCUCCGGAAGAAACGGGGGCCUGACACUAUGAAGUUGUGGACACCCAACAUGCCAGAAAAACCUGAUAAUUCGCAAAAGAACAAGCUGCCCUUCUAUAUCGUUGAAAAUAUUCCGGAAUCAUGGGGAGGUUUUGUAUCAAACGAAUAUAAACCUCUUUCUGACGACGACAGAGUGCAAGUUGUCUAUGAUAUUUAAUUUUUUUUUUAAUCAGAGACUUACUAA